UAACGUCUAAUCGUUAACCUUUAUAGAUUUGCAUUGUUAGGCAUACUGAUACUUAUUAAUUUAAACACACAUCAAACGAAAUGAACGCAGAAGAACUCAAGAAAGUUCUGGGCCACGGACUCUUUCAAAAGCGAAUAGCCUACCUUUUGUUACUGGGAGCUUUGAUCGGCACUGCCAUGCUCUUUGGUAGCGUGUUUGUCAUGUUCACUCCCCCUCAUAGAUGUUACUUGCCAGAGAUAGAUGGUAACUUAACGGACCCAUCUCCCGAUCAGAGCGUCAGCGAAGAUAACCCGUUGAGUUCUUAUGUUCCGAUUGAAUAUGAUGCGGACGGGGUGGCGCGGUGGAGUGAAUGCUAUAGAUUUGAAUAUAGAAACUUAUCUGCUGUGUUGACAACUACAUCACGCCCCGCGAACAACAUGCCAACUAACAGAACUUUGGUUUAUUGCGAUCAUGGGUGGUUUUUCUACAAGUCUAAUGGUGUUAUAACAGCGGCCACAGAGUUUGAGUUGGUUUGUGACCGCGCAUGGAUCACCCCUUUGUUUCCCUCCAUACAAAUGAUCGGCUUCAUGUUCGGUUCAAUACUCGGGGGAAUUAUGUCUGAAUAAGUACGGACGUCGGAAGGUGAUUUUGUUCAGCAUGACUUUGGUCAGUGCAUCCAUGCUGCUCAUGGGUUUGGCGCCAACUGUGUUGAUGUUGCAGAUUGGAGUUUUUUCUUACGGAUUUUCAAUUAUAACACGAGCUGUUACUGCUAUGGUUAUUCUCAAUGAGCUUCUCAGCAACGAUAAAAGACGAACGUUUGGAAUCUUGGUCUCAGUAUUUUGUGGACUGGGUGGUUGUGUAUUAUCUGUAGUCGCUUACUGCAUACCUAAUUGGCGAUGGAUGACUUUGGCAAUAGCGAUAACAUGCACGGCACAUUUGCCAUUGUACUACUGUUUUAUACGGGACACAUUUGGUUGGCUUAUACAAAACAAACGGAUAAAGUCGGCAGAGAAAUUGUACAAGGAGGUUGUCAGAGUGAACAACAUUAAUGUAGAUGAAGCACUUCUUUCCGAUCUAAAGCUAGGAACCAAACCCGAUGAUGACGAAAGCAAUGACGUCACGAAGGUGGAAAAGUUUACAUAUAUCGAUUUUGUCACUGUGCCAUUUCUACGAAAACGAAUCCUGCUUCUUAGUUUUAUGUGGUUCUCAAUGAACAUGGGAUUUUAUGGGCUUUCUUUUAACACACCAAACCUGGGAGGAAAUCGUUUUGUCAACGCCUUCAUAUCCUCAGUAGUUGAGAUACCAGCACAGUUUCUAUGUUUUGUGCUGGUUAAAAAAAUCGGUUGUAGAAUGGGGUUUAUAUCGACGGCCGGGGCUUGCAGUGUCUGCGUGUUGCUAACACCUUUUCUACAAAGCACGAACCAGAUUGCCGGCGUAGUUUGCGCAAUGUUGGGCAAAUUUUUCAUCAGCGCUCCAUUUACCAUUCUGUAUCUCGUGACUGGUGAUCUAUUCCCUACCAUGUUGCGAACUCAAUCUUAUGGGGCAUGCUCUUUUAUAGGGAGAGUGGCGGCCAUCAUAGUACCGUAUGUGCUGUAUUUAGGUAAAACAGUGCACCCGUAUCUACCGUACAUCGUAAUAGGGACAGUCACAUUUAUAUCCGCCAUAGCCGCUUUACUACUGCCUGAAACAACAGGAAUAAAUUUACCGGACACACUUGAAGAUGCAAAACAACAGGACAGUCACAUGAAAUGCUGUCAACCGAAGAAAAAAGAGGAAAUAAAUGGAAAUGAAACUGUGUAGAACCCCAAGCACUGUGCUCUUGUUAUGUACUUCAUCCGAACAGCUUCAUGUCAUUAUGGUGAAGUCAUUAACUUUGUAUAGAAAAUAAUGAAAUGCUUUUACCAAGAAUUCCGCGGUUUGGUUAAUUUAGCCUGUUGCUUUAAGAUAAAACCACAAUGUAAUUUGUUUAUUCAUUGAAACACCUUGGUUUAUAGUUGAUCAUAUUUGUUGUACUGUGACUCUGUAGGGUGAAGGGGGUGGGACACCUUUAGCACACAACAUCUCCUGAUCUUGUUUUAAACAAUUAACAAACGUAUGCACAUGUGAGUCGUGAGGAGGUUAUAUAUAUAGUUCUUUUAAUGUUCUUAGUUUACCACGAAAUUGUACAAAAAAUAGAAUAAAAAGGAGUCCUCCUCCCACCCUACUAUAUGUGUGUUUGUAUACAGCCGUGCCGCAAAAACUCGCUUUCAGUAAUGUUUACAAUAAAUGCUUCAAUAAAUUA